AUUAAAACGGUGGUUUUAUUGAGUUCUCAUGUGUCCUUCUCCUACCCAUAGCUCUCGUCCCAACCCGCUCCCUCUCUCUCUCCUCUCCCUACCAUUUACGGCAAGCUUUUCUUUUCUUUUCUUGUCUUUCCCAUAAGCGUGGAGGAGAAAACUUCAUUACUAGUAUUAUCAUUCGUUAAAGAAAGAAAGAGCAGAGAUUUAGCCGCACUCCUUUGCUUCAUCUUCCUUCUUCAGUAGUAUGAUUUAAUUUGGCUACAGAUUUGGGGCUUGAUUUUAAGUAAGACUUACAAGUUUAAAAAGCAAUGAUAAGUGGUAGAAUUCAGAGCUGUACUUCAUCUUCAUCAUCGUCUUCCUCCACAAUUCCUCACCCUCCAUGCCUCACCUCUGCCGCUCGCCAUUACAAGUUCCCUCUCCGGCUGUCGCCUCGGGCUCUGUCUAUCUCUCAAAGGGUGUCAAGAAAUUGCGUAGUGCCUAGAUAUUCGUCGGGAUGGGCUGAGGCACAAUUAUCGUUUUCUAAAUCGGAUAGCAAACAUUUGUUGCCUGUGGCCGUGGGAGCUCUGGUGACUUCAAACACUCAAGCUAUCCCCACUGGGCCUCUGGUUGCGGAGGAAAAGAUUGGAGUGUUGUUGUUGAACCUCGGAGGUCCGGAGACUCUUGAAGAUGUGCAGCCCUUCUUGUUUAACCUUUUUGCCGACCCGGAUAUUAUACGGCUACCAAGGUUGUUUCGUUUUCUGCAAAAGCCCUUGGCGCAGUUUAUAUCUGUUCUUAGAGCGCCUAAAAGCAAGGAAGGCUAUGCUUCAAUUGGCGGCGGUUCUCCUCUUCGACGAAUAACUGAUGCUCAGGCUGAAGAAUUGAGAAAGUCACUUUGGGUGAAGAAUGUCCCUGCAAAAGUGUAUGUUGGUAUGCGAUACUGGCAUCCAUUCACUGAAGAAGCCAUUGAGCAGAUAAAAAAAGAUGGAAUAACAAAGCUUGUUGUACUUCCACUUUAUCCACAAUUCUCAAUAUCAACUAGUGGUUCAAGUCUUCGACUCUUAGAAAGUAUAUUCCGUGACGAUGAGUAUCUAGUGAACAUGCGGCAUACAGUCAUACCUUCCUGGUAUCAACGUGAAGGAUAUAUAAAAUCUAUGGCAAAUUUAAUUGAAAAGGAGCUGCAGAAGUUUGACCUUCCAGAAAAGGUGGUGAUAUUUUUUAGUGCACACGGGGUGCCACUUGCAUAUGUAGAAGAGGCUGGUGAUCCUUACAAGGCAGAGAUGGAAGAAUGUGUGGAUUUAAUAAUAGAGGAAUUAGAGAAGAGAAAGAUCACUAAUGCCUACACUCUUGCUUAUCAGAGCAGAGUUGGGCCUGUGGAAUGGUUGAAGCCCUAUACUGAUGAGACAAUAGUUGAGCUAGGGCGAAAAGGAGUUAAAAGUCUUCUGGCUGUACCAAUUAGCUUUGUCAGUGAGCAUAUUGAAACUCUUGAAGAGAUUGAUGUUGAGUAUAAAGAGUUGGCUUUUGAAUCUGGUAUAGAAAAUUGGGGUCGUGUUCCUGCACUAGGAUGCGAACCGAUGUUCAUUUCAGACUUGGCAGAUGCUGUAAUUGAGAGUCUUCCAUAUGUUGGAGCUAUGGCAGUUUCAAAUCUUGAAGCUAGACAGUCAUUAGUUCCGCUUGGCAGUGUGGAAGAGUUAUUGGCAGCAUAUGAUUCACAACGUAGGGAGCUCCCACCACCUGUGACUGUUUGGGAAUGGGGUUGGACGAAAAGUGCUGAAACUUGGAAUGGUAGAGCGGCCAUGCUUGCAGUGCUUGUUCUACUGCUCCUAGAGGUCACCACCGGAGAGGGAUUUCUGCAUCAGUGGGGUGUAUUGCCCUUGUUCCGCUAAAUGAGCUCUCUUACUGUGAUACAGAAAUAUUAAUGAAGAUAAGUGUAAAUUUCAAAAAACAUAUAUCCGAUAUACAUUUUAUUAGAAUAUCUCUAUAGAUAAGUUACAGAGGAUGCAGACAUAUAUAUUAAUGCCUUAGUCACACACUGAUUCAGGCAAUAGUUUAGACGCAUGGUAUGCAAAUCUUUUUGUGGGUGAAAAGCAAAUUCGUAGUAGUGGACUUGCAAUCUCUA